AUGUCCCUGACGGAUAUUCCCUGGAAUCAUUUCGAUCCUAUCAACUACUUCCCCACUGGACAGGAUCCAACUUCCGGCUUCUAUCCUCAGCAUCCUCACUCGUCCGCCUUCUUCGGCCACGGAUUUGCUCACCUCUCCAACACUCUCUAUCAUCCAAGCAAUACCAUUCUCUUCAAUAUGAACACUCUAUCGACCGCGGAGAUGGAGAGGUUCCAGAAACUCUCCAAUGAGUUUCAGGCCGAGGUCCAGGGUCCCGCGGUAUCGACAAAGCAACCCAGUAGUGCAAUCGCUAUGGAGUAUGCAAAUGCGGAUCCAACAUUUGCCACCAAGACCAGUGCACUUGCUAUAACACACCCUCUGACACGAACCAUGAAAGGAGAUGGGAAUUGUGGUUGGAGAGCGGUUGCAUUCGGGUACUUCGAGAAUCUUUUCAACUUUCAAAACCUGCUACAAGUACACCGUGAAUUGACCCGGAUAAAGUCACUGAGCGUACUUCUCGACCAAACAGGCCAACAAGAACACCUGUACGAGAUAUUCGUGGACGCAACAGAGGAAGUCUUCAACCAGAUAUCUGCGGCCAUCCAGAGUGGCAUACGGGAUGACUCAUUUCUUGUCAACGCAUUCAACAACGAAUACAACGCAAAUGCUAUCCUCACUCAUUUCAGACUGCUGACGAGUGCGUGGAUGAAACUUAAUCCGCAUCGAUACCAAGCGUUUCUCUCCAUGCCUCUAGAUCAAUAUUGUGCGGCACGAAUAGACACCGUCAGAACGGAGAUCGACGAAGUCGGACUCCAAGCGUUGGUUGAUGGUGUGAUUGAAGAUUCUGGAUUUGCCGUGGAGAUCAUGUAUCUCGACCGCAGCGAAGGUGAAGUGGUCACUCCUCACCUCCUAACCCCGGCACGGCCAGUUGCUGGGACGAUCUGCCUACUCUAUCGCCCGGGCCACUAUGAUCUUCUCUACCCAGCCGAACCUACUGUGAAUAUGGAACCCGUGGUUAAUUACCAAUACGCGAUGACUUCUGACUACGCCCCCUGGGAUCAAGGAUCCCUCGCGUUUGAUGUGAGCUCAAAUUUGAUGACGAUUCCCAAUCUGAUGAUGGACCCUUGUUUUGGCAUGGCCCCUUCUCCGAUGCCGGCGGCUCCUCCUAGUCCGUAUCGAGUAUCGCCCCCUCUGGAAGUGUACCAACCACCCAUGCACGCGUCACCACCUCCAAUGUCUAUCGCAUCGCCACCGCCGCCGCCGCUACGAAUGUCGGCGCCACCGCCCCCCAUGAGCUCACUACCACCUCGGUCUUCUGAUGGGCCGCAAAUCCGGUUGAAUCCGCUGGUGAUGAAACCGAAUCUUAGUCACUCUCUUCCAGUCACGACGCCAUUCAAAAACUCCCCAUACAACCAAGCCCAUUUCCAGAAUCAGGACUUUGAACCCAUCCACUGGGAGCCCAGCGAUUCUCGCAGAUGA